GGUGGGGAGAAGAGAUGACGAGAUGUAUUUGAGGACAGUUUCGGCUAGUAUUGUAUUUAAACAAAUUGCUACGGUUUUCACCAUUAGUGCUCUCUUUCUUCCCCUAUCCAUGGCACAUGAAUGGCGACACCAACCCUUCCGGGCACUCUACAUUACAUAUCUUAUCGCAUUCACGAUGUUCCUGUAUCUACCGUACUGCAUCGUUAAGUAUGCACCUCGUUCACGGCGUCAAAGGCAAUCAUGGACUUUGCGACGCUGCGUGACUGUUGCAGUGUUUCGACAUGUGGUCAACAAGGAACAAAAGUAUGUCCUCUAUCACGCUUCGUCAACAGGACACUGAUAAUUCUGCCACCAUCCGGUAGAGUCGGAUAUCUGCUUAGCUUCCCAACGCAUGAGGCUAUAAAGGAGGGUCCCGGUGUUAAGGCUUUAUGGAUCAAUCCUACUCCUGACUUGAUGGACAAGCAGCUUCAACGAUGGGCAACCAUGUCUGGAGUGCAUCCCAUUCGCAUUCCAGGAUACUGGAUGGAUAAGGAGGGUCUGGACAUCCCUAUAGGCGCACCUCUACAACCAGGCGAGAAGAUUCUUUAUCGUUUGCACGGUGGCGCAUUCACCAUAUGUUCAUCCCAUCCGCACGAUUAUUCAGCCCUUAUACCACGCGACCUCCUCAAAAACUGUCCAUCAUUCCGUCGGGCAUUUUCCGUUGAAUAUAGGCUUUCGGUGGGACCUCCCUAUCCUGCCCGUAACCCGUUUCCCGCAGCACUCCUUGAUACCCUUGCUGGUUAUUCGUACCUCGUGAAUGAAUGCCAUUACCGUCCAUCGGAUAUCAUCAUAAUGGGAGAAUCUGCGGGAGGGAAUCUUGCCCUUGGACUCACACGAUAUCUUCUACAACACGAACACACCCUCAACGAUGUUCCCGCACCUCCUGCGGGGCUGAUUCUCUCUUCUCCUUGGGUAGAUUUCAGCACUUCGCACGUAACACCCGGAUCAUCGGUAUUUCUGAACGCAGAGUCAGACUUUGUAGGUCAUUUAAUAGGACUCGAGAACUAUUCUACCUUCGCUUUCCUUGGACCUCAUGGAAAAGAUGGUGCGGAGACGAACAUGUAUAUAUCGCCUGCUUCACUACAUAUCGAGCCGACAUUCCGUGGAUUCCCUAGGACUUUCCUCAUUGCAGGAGAGGCAGAGGUAUUCUUGGACCAGAUCAAGACUCUCAGAAAUAGGAUGGUGCGAGAUAUGGGCGAAGGUAGUGACAGUGGUCAGGUCACUUAUUACGAAGCACCGGACAGUAUACACUCACCCAUUAGUUUGCCGUGGCAUGAGCCUGAGAGGAGCGAUGUUUACCAGCACAUCGCAGAGUGGAUGGAUAUGUUGUAGACGUUGCAGCUUCCCAGUCGUUUUAUUGAUAUCAAGCCUGCGACUCUGUUUCUGCAUUCAUUUUGCAAUGAAGUACGUUAGCUCGA